AUGAACGAAUGCAAAUGUGGUGUGAGGGCACGAUGGGCGAAGGAAUACCACAUGCGAGUGGCGAGGCGCAAGUUGGGACCGAAAGAGAGUCGUGAGAGCAAAGAACUUUUGCUAGGUCUGCCGAGCCGUUGUUGCAUGGUUAGGUGGUUGAUUUAUUGGUUCACGAUGGGUUGA